AUGCAGGCUAUCUUUGGGGGUGGGGCGAUGCUGAAGCUCACGUUCAGUCAGGCGAGCUGGGCGCGAGUUGACAUCUUGAGUUGGCCUGAAGCCGAUCCUGGGACGGAUGCACGUCGGGACACGUACCGGAUCGAGCUGGAGCACGAGGCAUCUCUCAUCAACACACUCACCGGGCGAUACUUCCUCAUCGACAAGGCCAAGGACGCAAACAUCAUCGGGAUCCUUGUUGGCACGCUGGGAGCCGCUGGGUUCCGGCAAGUCAUCGAGCGCAUCCGCUCCCUUGCGGAGUCUGCAGGGAAGAAGACGUACACCGUUCUCGUCGGGAAGCCGAACCCAGCUAAGCUGGCCAAUUUCCCUGAAGUCGACAUCUGGGUCAUGGUAGCAACGGGCCAGGGGAUGAUUCUUGACAACCGUGAUUACCACAAGAAGAUCAUCACCCCGUUCGAAGCGGAGAUUGCGUUCGGCGCGAAGGACUGGGACGGCUCGUACACGCUGGACUGCCGAGAGCUUCUGGAGGGCUUCAAGGCCGAUACUCCAAAAUCACACGGCAUCCAGGGGGCAGAGCUCGACGAAGCCGACCAGCUGGACGACGACGAGCACGAGGACUUGACAACGGCCUUGGUCCAGUCUUCAGAACGGGCUUUGAAGAUCAAGGGGAACACCGACGCGGUGGUGGGCACUGCUGCGGAGUACUACAUGGCCAAGCGCACAUGGUGGGGUGUAGAUGAGAGCGCCGAAGAUGACGAACCGCCCGCUGAAAUCGUCCCUGGCCAGUCUGGCCGAGCUGUCGGCUACGAAAACGAGGGCAAUGCGUUCCGGGGCUGA